AUGGAGCAUCUACAUACUAACAAAUCGUUCGAGUGCGCAUUCUACAAGCGCGGACAGGGCAACUGUAUCCGCGGGGCCACUUGCAAAUUUAUUCAUGCUGAGCACACAGAAGGCCUUGCCAACAUCGGCGCCAGUCUUAUGCCAGUGCGCCAUCGCUUCACACCUUCCAACUUCUAUUGGCCCAGCAAUUAUUGGCCCAACAACACUUGGUCCAACAACACUUGGUCCAACGAUUCUUGGUCCGCAGACUGCCCCCAACCUCUGCCCGUUGUCUUGUCCCACAGCAAUGCUCAUGUGACCCCAAAACUCACUGAAGCAGAGGAACUAACGUCCCAGGAAGAGGUCGCUGCCCCUGAGUUGGCCUGGAUCCGCCACCUCAAAGGUGUCUUCGUCACCUUUGGCGAAGGAGCUACGGUUGCCACUGUUGCCCUGCCCUGGGAUACCGUGGCAGUCCGCCUCUCUAAGCUGCCUCAAGACUCUACUACUUCUACAGUAGCAGAGCUCAUAGAAAACUAUCUUGGGGCCCGGGUCAUCGAGGCAAACAUUCAAUUGCUGUCUGCGUACGGGGGUCGCGUUGCGGCAGACGUUACCUUAGAUGACCAAACAAUUGCAACUGACCUCAUCACUGCUGUGAGGGAGGAUCAAAGCACCGAAUUUGAUGCAGAUCGCGUCAUCCCGGUUCACCAUAGAGCCGCUAGGUUCAACACCAUUAGCAGAAACAAGGUGAGCUGCUCCUGGCAUAAGCCGAGCCGGACCGUCACGCUCAGCUUUUCGUCCCAAUUUCUGGCCUGCGAAACCUGGAAAAAGUUCCUCACAGGCGUCUACCAAGUCUCUAAAUCCAGAGUCUGGCCAUCACGCCCGCACAAUAAUGGUUCCGACACCGACACUAUAUGGAAGUUCAAGAUUGACAACGUGCCUACAUCUGCGAAUCGAAACGACAUCAUAGAGCAGAUUGACGAACCAUUCCGGCCCCUCAACGUACAUAUGAGCUGGGCUUCUUACAGCAACCCUAUGGAAGCGUCAGUAGAUCAAAUCAUGAGGAACUUGUCAACGGUUGGACCAAUGGACCCAUUCGUCACCACCGGGUCCUCGAGUCAAAGUCGGCGUUCUAAGAUGACUGUUCGGUUCGUGGACAUUGAGCACGCAAUAGCGGCUGUGCAAGAAUUUGACGAGCAGCCUCUUCCUUUCUUCUCCCAGGGAAAGCUGACUGUCCAGCAGCUCUCUACCAUUCGGAUGUGCAUCCCCAACCAUGUAUUCACGGCAGCAUCCCAAGAUAUCGAAGCUCUCUACAGCGCUUGGAAAAAGGAUCACGUGUAUACUACCAUCUCAAAGGAAAGAAAGCCCUUUAGGCAUAUCAAGUUUGAAGGCCAGAUGCAUGAAAAGGUGGUAAAAGCCCAAGCCGCCUUUGAAAAUGUUACCGCGGGAGAACUGCUACGCAUGCCACGCACCCACCUCUCAGAGGAGGGUGGGUGCGUGGCACGUGUAUCUGAAAAUGGCGCGCCGCUGUGGUCGGCCUCACUUGCUACCAAGGCCUGGGCCUACCAUGAGAUGCGGAACAUUGAGCAUAAAUUGGGGGUCUUGGUCUUGUGUGACAAGCAAAAGCGAAACCUGCGCCUGCUCGGACGCCGAGAAGAGUUUGGAUCAGCACGGAAACAGAUUGCCAAAUUGUGCAAUGAGGAUCCACGCUGCGAAUUCUCCAUUCCCAUUGAUCAUCAUGAUGGAGAUGCGCUUCGAUGGCUCCUUGCUGGUGGCUAUCAAGAUCUGGGCAGGACUGUUGGCCUUGACAAGGUCGCGCUGGACGUUGCUUCACAGCCGCGCCGCCUGAUCAUUAGCGGUACCGAUCACGAUUACCAGAAUGCGCGGAAUUAUUGGGACCACCGCUACAGAAACCCGGACCCGACGUGGAGCAUUAACCCUGGCCAGUGCAACCUCUGUGGUCUUGACGCAGAAUAUCCUGUCUGCACGGGCUGCGACCAUCUGUACUGCACCACCUGCUUCGAAGACAUGUGCUUCUCAGGCGCGGGGACUCCUGUGCCGGAGCCAGCCAUUCGCUGCUAUGGCGACGGAGGUAAAUGCAUGAAACUGCUGACCAUGACCAACAUUCAGGAGAAUGUUUCUUCAUUUGCCCUCGAGCUCAUUUUCGAACGCAUGUUCAAGACGUUUGUGAGCCAGAAUCCGGAACAAUACCGCCUGUGUCCGACACACACCUGCGAACAGGUCUACAGGGUCAAGAUGACGCCAGCGGGCGUCAAACCGACGGAUGAGUUUGAAUUCAACUGUCCGCAGUGCAACUUGGCACUUUGCUCGACGUGCCAUGUUUCGCACGAAACGAUACAUUGUCCUCUGAGAGAAAUCGAAGAGGAUGAAGAACUAUAG